AUGAAGAGCUCAACCCCUGUCCAGUUCGCUGUGGGGAAAAGUACCCCAGCCCGUUCAUGCUCCAGCCAAGCGGUAAUUACAGCCAAGUUUGCGAGCAGAGACGGCAAGAUCACCAGUGCUGUCUCGUCGCAAGUGGUCUUCCCCGCACCGUUCGGGCCUAGACAUGAAGCUUUGCUCCACGCCCGAGGAGAAUUCCUCCGCUCAUAUCCUGGAAAGGCCCGAAUGCUGUGCAUACAUUGCUGGCUCCGUAGUGUUGUAGUUGUAUCCUGGUGCCACGAGGGCCAGGACCGCUCCCUCGCCGGCCGGAGAGCCAAGGCGUACCGCGGCUCGUGGCCUCCAGAAACGGACCUGGACGAUGACGAGGUCGCGUCAGGAUGGGCUCCGAAGAUGUUCAUAAUAAAGGGCAGCUCCCCCGAGGAGGGCCUCUAG